UCAACCAACUUCGGUAUCUAUUCAGUGCCCAGUCAGCAAACGAAUAACAUCAUGUCUCUUUUGGAACCCCCCGCCACGAUUACCAGACUCCUCCAGGAAAGCUUCCCCGAUUCGGUAACCUCGACGUCGGAUGGUGCUCAAUGGAACGCGAACGAGGACAUCCUAUCGUACGUGGCCUUUUUGGCGGCGGGAAUGGCCGACGUCAAGGAGUUCUCGCAGGAGGCAUGGAAGGAACAGCUUUCACCCUACCUCGAGGGCAUCAAGGAAGUCGGUGGUGAUGAAAUCGAUGCCUUCCGCAUCUUGGUGGCAAAGGAAGUUCUUGGAGAGGACGAUGAAUCCUACGGUGACGACGACGACGACGACGAGCACGAAGAAGUAUGCAACCUGAGAUUCAAGUAAGUUACGGGUUGUUUUGGGUUUGUUAGAGUCGAGUCAACACACGCCAUGAUCCUCUUUUGGAUCUGAAAAGCAAAGCCAACCGAAAGACAAGAAUCUCACUUUUUUCAAUUGUAAUCAAUACGAUACGUAUAACCGUAACGUAGCCUCGCUUACGGAGGAAAAAUUCUGCUGCGAGAAAGUAAGUUGCGUUUAUUGCGAGGACGUCGUUAUGCGAUUGUCGGAGGAAAUGGUGUAGGAAAGACAACUUUGAUGAAUGCCAUCAACAACGGAAAACUCGAAGGAUGGCCGCAACAUCUAAAAACGGCAUACGUGGAUUCCGGAUCGAAUGUUGAUCCUGAAUACGAACGUCAAAAUGUGAUGAAACAUUUGAUUGAAGACACGAAGCAAUCCGAAGAAACCAUCAUUGCCAAAAUGAAAGAACUUGACUUUACAGACCAAAUGAUUCGGGGAACGAUCGGAGCUUUGUCUGGAGGUUGGCAAAUGAAACUGAGAUUGAUCCGAGCCAUUUUGAUGGACCCCGACAUCUUCCUUUUGGACGAACCGACCAAUCACUUGGCGGAGGGCGCCGUCAACUGGCUUACGGACUACUUGUGUGGCCUAGAUCACCAAACUGUUCUCUGUGUGUCGCACGACACCACGUUUCUCGAAAAUGUUUGCACGGAUAUCAUCCACUACGAACAACGUUCCGUGUGGGGGCCGUACCGUCGACUAGUCCAUUACAAAACUAAAAUGAGUGGUUUUGUCAAACUCCAGCCCCAGGCCAAGCACUACUUUGAGCUUGCGACAAACGAUGAUGGACUGAAGUUUGACUUCCCACAACCCGGUCGUCUCGACGGUGUCAAGACGUCGACGCAAAAAUUCCUCGAGAUGGAACACGUCGACUUUCGUUAUCCCGGUGCUGAAAAAAAUCAGCUCACUGAUGUCAACCUUAAAAUGAGUCUAUCAAGUCGCAUUGUUAUCUUGGGUGCAAACGGUGCUGGUAAGACGACGCUCCUCAAAAUGAUUGUCGGUGAGACCGUUCCUUCUAAUUCGGGCCGCUUCUAUGUGCAUCCCAAUCUUCGCAUUGCGUACGUGGCUCAGCACGCCUUCUCGCACGUUGAAAGGCACAUGGAAGAGUCCCCGGUUGCUUACUUGCAGUGGCGUUUCAGGGAUGGAUUUGAUAAGGAAAAGCUAGAGUCCGAGGCGUACCGCAUCACCCCCGAAGAACAACAGGCUAUCGAUGACUUUAAGCUGGAAGGCAUCUGGUCUCGCCGCAUGCGAGGUGGUGUGCUCGAGUACGAAGUCAAGAAGAAGAACGUCCGUGAAAAGGACAACAAAUAUUACUCCCGCGACGAACUGUUGGGAAUGGGUUUCGAGCACCUUUUGAAACAAACCGAUGAGAAAAUUGCCGCGAAGGAGGCCGGUCUUGAUUUGAGACCAGUUACCACCUCGGAGAUCCAGAAGCAUUUGAAUGGCUUCGGCUUGCCUCAAGAGUUCGGUACAUAUGGAAAGAUCCGUGGUCUUUCCGGAGGUCAAAAAGUCAAGUUGGUUUUGGCGGCCGCAUUUUGGACCGUGCCGCACUUGGUUGUAUUGGACGAACCUACAAACUUUUUGGAUCGCGAGGCUCUUGGUGCACUUUCUGCUGGUUUGAACGAAUGGGGUGGAGCUGUGAUCAUGAUUUCGCACAACCGCGAGUUUUAUUCUUCUGUUUGCAAGGAGGAGUGGCACGUAGCCGGAGGUGUUGUCCAGAUCCAGGGUGAAUCCGAAGAACGUGAAAUGAAGGCUUUUGCACGCAAGAAAAAGUUUGAAAAAGAAUUAGACGGAAAUGAUAAGCUAGAGAAAGCCGGUGGAAAUAUGAAUUCCAACGGCGACAAAUACAAAGAAGCCACUGUCAACUUUUGGGGAGCCACGGUCUCAAAGAAAGAAGCUCGUGCCUAUGAAAAGGCUAAGAAGAAGGGCAAUGUCGCAGCCAUGCGAAAGGUCUUGCAAAUCCCACCUGGAAAGGUCAUGCCUGGGUACGAGGAGCUUGGCGAUGGAAAUGAUGCUAAACAGUAGAUCUAUUUUCUAUUUAUAAACAGGAGUGUGCUUA